UUUCUAAAAUCAAUCGAACAAAUGCACACAAGCUCUACCAUUGCUUGGGAUACUUACCUUUACCAGCUAUGGUGUACGCCGACAAGGACGGGGAAAUAAAUGAGGCAAGUUCUCAAUGAUACGCCGAGGCCCUGAGGAUCACAGUAGGAAACCCCGUAUCAACAACGUGCGCGUACCCUGACGCUGGGGUCGCGUUGACCGCGAGAAUCGUGUACGAGCGGCGCCGUCUGGAGUCUUGCAGGAAUCAUUUGUCAAAUAUUUUGCAAAGUGAUACUAUUUGACGAAAGGAAGCGUGGUAUUUACUGAACAGGCCGUUCUUCAGAAGUGUGGAGCAUGGCUGCCGAAGUGAACGGCAAUUCGACUCCGGUCAAGGAGGAUGAGGAACCAAUGGACAUCACAGUAGCACACACAGAGAAUUACCAGACACUCAUUGACGCAGGACUCCCCCAGAAAGUAGCAGCAAGUCUUGACAAUAUCUUUCAAACAGGGCUGGUGGCAUACGCUGACCUGGACGAACGGGCCAUUGAUGCUCUGAGGGAGUUCAAUGAGGAGGGAGCCCUGUCAGUCCUCCAGCAGUUUAAAGAGAGCGAUCUUUCCCAUGUGCAGAAUAAGAGUGCUUUUUUGUGUGGUGUGAUGAAAACCUACAGACAGCGAGAAAAGCAGGGCAGCAAAGUCCAAGAAUCUACUAAAGGCCCUGAUGAAGCCAAAAUAAAGGCUCUCCUAGAGAGAACAGGAUACACGUUGGAUGUUACCACAGGCCAAAGGAAGUAUGGAGGCCCACCACCAGAGGAGGUGUACACUGGGUCCCAGCCUGCAGUUGGCACAGAGGUAUUUGUUGGGAAGAUUCCCCGGGAUUUGUAUGAGGAUGAGCUGGUUCCACUCUUUGAGAAAGCUGGCGCAAUCUGGGAUCUGCGCUUGAUGAUGGACCCGCUCUCUGGUCAGAACCGAGGAUAUGCCUUCAUCACGUUCUGCAAUAAAGAUGCUGCACUGGAGGCGGUAAAGUUGUGCGAUAAUUAUGAAAUCCGGUCGGGUAAAUAUCUUGGUGUUUGCAUCUCUGUCGCAAACAAUCGGUUGUUUGUUGGGUCAAUCCCCAAGAACAAGACCAGAGAAAGCAUUUUGGAAGAUUUCAGCAAAGUAACAGAGGGCCUCACUGAGGUGAUCCUUUACCAUCAGCCAGAUGACAAGAAAAAGAACCGAGGUUUCUGCUUCCUGGAGUAUGAGGACCAUAAAUCUGCGGCUCAGGCCAGGCGCAGGCUUAUGAGUGGGAAAGUGAAGGUCUGGGGCAACCCAGUCACUGUAGAGUGGGCCGAUCCAGUGGAGGAGCCUGACCCAGAUAUCAUGGCAAAGGUGAAGGUGCUAUUUGUCAGGAACCUCGCCACGCCAGUGACAGAAGAGCUCCUUGAGAACACAUUCUCCCAGUUUGGGAAGCUGGAGCGGGUGAAGAAGCUGAAGGAUUAUGCCUUUGUUCACUUUGAAGACAGGGAUGCUGCUGUCAAGGCCAUGCAGGAGAUGAAUGGGAAAGAGCUGGAGGGUGAGGAGAUUGAAAUUGUUCUUGCCAAGCCUCCUGAUAAGAAGAGGAAAGAGAGGCAGGCACAGCGACAGACCACCAGGCCGACAGGGUACGAUGAUUAUUACUACUACCCUCCACCACGCAUGCCCCCUCCAAUGCGUGGACGGGGACGUGGAGGCCGAGGCAACUAUGCCUACCCACCCGAUUACUACGGUUAUGACGACUACUAUGAUGACUACUAUGGUUAUGAUUACCAUGACUACCGAGGCGGCUAUGAGGACCCCUAUUACGGCUAUGAUGACGGCUAUGUGGUAAGGGGGAGGGGCGGCCGGGUGAACCGAGGGGCCCCACCUCCACCUCGUGGCCGCGGGGUCCCGCCUCCACGAGGCCGAGGGGGCUAUGGCCAGAGAGGGGCUCCCAUGGGUGUGUCAAGGGGGAGCCGCGGAGGCCGAGGGGGUCCCCUGCCCCAGCAGAGGGGCCGUGGACCUCGAGGGACCAGGGGGAACCGUGGGGGCAACGUGGGUGGCAAGCGGAAGGCAGACGGCUACAACCAGCCCGACUCCAAACGCCGGCAGACCGCCCACCAGAACUGGGGCUCCCAACCCAUCGCUCAGCAACCCCUGCAACAAGGUGGCGACUAUUCUGGUGAAGACGCGAGAGCAGCAGCGCGUGCGCGAGGAACACAUCUGUUCUCGGCUGUGUUCUUCUCCCUCUCCCAAAUCAAGGGACUCGUGCGUGAGGUGGCCCCCGGCAGAGUCUUACGUCACGCUGUGGACUCGCCUGUUGGGGCCGCACGGAAGACACGGACAUCAGGACAGUUCUUUGGUAAGGAAGUCCUUUGCAGAAAGAAAAGAAAGAAAGAAAAAAAAGAAAAAAGUUCUGUUCUCUCCCUUGUGUUCCUGCCUCCCCCCCAACCAAUUCCCCCACCCUGCUUUUCCAUUAACACCCUCUGUGAUCCAGAUGAAAAGAAUAAGGAAUGUUGGUCCGCCACCAGGAAGUCCCAGGAAGGCAUAGAGCCGGCCUCAGAUUUGAUUUGGGGUAAGAGGAAAAGAGAGAGAAAUAACUCCAUUGUACCUCUUCUCAGUGGUACAAGGAGCAUGUUGAAAUUGAUCAAAUCUCUGCAUACUGCGUUAACGCUUGCUACGUGUGAGCUUGGGCACAGGGAGAGUUUUUCGGAGAGGGGGGUUGGUGGUGGCUAAGCUUUUCGCCGGCUUUCUGGCUGCAGCAUGCAGACUGUCAGGCACCUGCCAGAGUGCUAUGCUUGUGAAGAGAGCUUAGGGAAGUGAUUGGCCAAACUGCAGAAGUACAGUUGCUCGAUAAAAACUGACAAAAGGGGCAGGCUCAUUCUUUGAUUGACAGCCAAAGAACAGCCUUUUCCUACUUCUCUCCCCUUUUCAUCCUGUAUUCUAGUCACAUGCCAAUGGCUUCUCGUAUUUUAACUUCUUUCCUGUUGUAGUGUUUUAUUAAUAACAAUAGUCUUCUCAAAAAAAUAGAUAAUUCUUUCCUCAUUUGCCCUAUUUCUCUGAGCGACGAGUGGAAGCAUUACUCCUCUCCUGCUUCAGAUAAUUUGUGUUAAAGCUCUUACAUUUGCCUAUCAGAUUUGCACAUUCCUUCCGCCAUUCGCUGUAACUGGUUGUGGAUUACAGACGAUUCACAACUUUAUUCGCCAGUUUUGCAUAUCCUCGACUGAGUUAAUACAAUCUCAUUCAUAGAUUAGCAAUCUAGGCCAGUGCUUUUCUAAGAUAGGGAAGUGAGAGGAGACAUAUGUAGGGCAACAUCAACAUAAUUGCAGAAGGGUUCUCGACUGUUGUAGAAAGAAAUGGCUGAUCUUUAUUGCAAUAUCUACAUUGUCCAUUAUCAGCAACCAUUCAUCCAGUGUUCCAAAGGCACAUUCUGUUUACUAAUCUGAUAUCAUUUU